UUAUUUUGAUACUAUUUUCUUUGGUAUUUUUUAUUUGCUCCAAUGAUGCCUUGGUUUCGUUCCCUCCGUUUUAUAACAGUAUGAUUCUUAUUUGAGCAUAAGUAAGAUUUGUGGGAGUUGAAAAGGUAUAUGAGCUAACUUAAGCUCAGUUUACAUAGAUUCAAGUUCAAGCUUUUCUCAAUACCGUACUCCACAGACCUAAGGUUAUAUCAAGUUCAUGAGCCAAAAUUACCUCUUUAGGUUUCCAGAAAGAUCUCGAAGGCUGGUGGAAAAAAAUCGACCCUUGUGGUUGGCCUGGGUUUGCCCUUAUUAAGAAGCUUAAAUAUAUCAAAGUGAAGUUGAAGCAGUGGAAUAGGGAGGUCUUCGGUAUUAUAAAAUACCAAAAAGAAGCUAUUGAAAGGGAGCUAUCUAAGGUUGAUGAUAAGAUCUGGCUGAAGGCCUUAAUUUCUGGGAGAGAAGGAAAGAGCUUAGAGCCUCCAUUAGCGGAAAUGGUCCUAUAUGAAGAAAGGAAGUGUUGGCAGAAAUGUAAAGUUAGGUGGCUUAUAGAAGGGGAUGUGAGAACACCAAGCUCUUCCAUAGUGUGCUCAACUCAAGAAGAAAGAGGCAAUAGGGAUCCAUGGUUUAACAGGGGAACUCUAUGGGUGAGGUCAAAAAAUCCGAAGAAAGGAAGUGUUGGCAGAAAUGUAAAGUUAGGUGGCUUAUAGAAGGAGAUGAGAACACCAAGCUCUUCCAUGGUGUGCUCAACUCAAGAAGAAAGAGGCAAAGAAGCAAUAGGGAUCCAUGGUUUAACAGGGGAAUUCUAUGGGUCACUUUGACCUUGUCGCUAGGUGAGGUCAAAAUCCAACUCAAGAACACUGAACACUUAUUGAGGUCAAAAUCCAACUCAAGAACACUUAUCAAGUACUACGGAGAUCUUCAAGUCACUUUCCUGGUUUAUGGGCGAGGAUACAUAUCAAGAUCACUUUUCAAUUACUUUCCUUGUCUAUGGGGGAGGAUACAUAUCAAGUACUUCAACAAGUGGAGAGGCUGCUUUCCUUAUCUAUGGGUGAAGUCAAAAUCCAAAUCAUAUCACUUAUCAGCAAGCGGAGAUUCAGACUCAUUUUCCUUUGUCCUAUGGUCACUUUCCUUGUCUAUGAGUGAGGAUGCAUAUCAAAUAUUACAACAAGUGGAGAUGCCACCUUCCUUGUCUACGAGUGAGAUCAAAAAUCAAAAAUCAAAAAUCAAGAUCACUUAUCAAAUACUACAAGUGAAGGUCACUUUCCUUACCUAUGGCUUCUUUGUAGGUCACUUUCCUUGUUCACGGGUGAGAUCAAAAUCCAAAAUCAAGACCAACUUAUCAAGUACUACAAGUGAAGGCCUCCGACUCAUUUUCCUUUGUCUUGCGGUAUUUGUCAUUUGUCACUUCCCUUUUUAUGGGUCACUUUCCUUGUCUAUGGGUGAGGUCAAAGUUCAAUUCAUCAUCACUUGUCAAGAACUAGAGUCACGUUCCUUGUUUAUGAGUGAGGAUAUAUAUCAAGAUCACUUAUCAAGUCACCUUUCUUGUCUACAGGUGAGAUCAAAAAUAAAAAAUCAAGAUCACUUAUCAAGUACUACAACAAGUGAAGGUCACUUUCCUUAUCUAUGAGUAAGGCCAAAAUUCAAAUCAAGGUCACCUAUCAAGUACUCCAGCAAGUCACUUUCCUUGUUGAUGGGUGAGUCUAAAAUCCAAAUCAAGAUCACUUGUCAAGUACUACAGAGAUCUUCAACUCAUUUCCUUUGUCUUGUGGUCACUUUCCUUAUCUAUGGGUGAGAUCAAAAUCCAAAUCAAGAUCAUUUAUCAAGUACUAUAGCAAAUGGAGAUCUCCAACUCAUUGUUCUUUUUCCUGUGGUUACUUUUCUUGUCUAUGGGUAAGGUCAAUCCAAAUCAAGAUCACUUAUCAAGUCACUUUCCUUAUUUAUGAGUGAGGAUACAUAUCAAGAUCACUAAUCAAGUACACUACAACAAGUGGAGAUGUUACUGUCCUUGUCUAUGGGUGAGGUUAAAUCUAAAUGAAGAUCACUAAUCAGCAAGUGGAAAUUCCAACUCAUUUUCCUUUGUCCUGUGGUCACUUUCCUUUUCUAUGGGUGAGGAUACAUAUCAAGAUAACUUAUCAAAAGUCCUACAACAAGUGAAGGUCUCCGACUCAUUUUCCUUUGUCUUGUGCUAUUUGUCAUUCGUCCAUUCCUAUUAGCAUAUCUUUAAUAUUUCCUCCAAUCACUUUCCUUGUCUAUGGGUGAGGUUGAAAUUCAAAUCAAGAUCACUUAUCAAGUACUUCAGAAAGUGGAGAUCUCCAACUCAUUUUGUCCUGCGGCAUAAGUCACUUACCUUGUUUAUGGGUGAGCAUAUAUAUCAAGAACUGCGAGAAGUGGAGAUCUCCAACUCAUUUUCAUUUGUCCGAUGGUAUUUGUCAUUUGUUUCAUUCAAAUUAGCAUAUCUUUUAUUCUUUUUCCUCCUCUUUGUAGGUUACUUUCCUUGUCAAUAGAGAGGCCAAAAUCCAAAUCAAGAUUACUUAUCAAGUCACUUUCCUUGUCUAUAGGUCACUUUCCUUGUCUAUGGAAGUU